AUGGGGGCCAUCAACGGCGGCAAGGUCGACCUGGCCGAAUAUCUCUGUACAAGACUCCACCAACUCGGCGUCCGAAGCGUCCACGGCGUCCCAGGAGACUACAAUCUCGUUGCUCUCGACUACCUCAAGCCCGCCGGUCUGCACUGGACAGGAAACGCCAACGAACUGAACGCCGGAUACGCCGCAGACGGAUACGCCCGUAUCAAAGGUAUCUCAGCACUCAUAACAGCAUUCGGCGUUGGAGAGCUGUCUGCCCUGAAUGCCAUCGGCGGUGCGUAUGCUGAGAAAGUCCCAGUCGUGCACAUCGUCGGGACCCCUCCAACAACUGCCCAUGCCCAGAAGAAGGGCCUGAAUCUGCAUCACUCGUUUGGGGAUGGGAAUUUCCGCAGGUUCGCGGGGAUAUACAAGGAUUUCACCUGUGCGCAAGCGAAUCUAGACGAUCCUGCUAUUGCACCUGAGCUGAUCGAUAGGGUUCUCCAACAAUGCCUACAAGAGAGCCGUCCCGUAUACAUCGAGCUACCAACCGACAUGGUCAAAGCAAAGGUCUCGUCAGUAGACUUAGACCACCGCAUCGCCCCCUCCUUCAAACCAAGCAACGCCGACGCCAGGAUCGAAGCUAUCGCCGUUUCCACUCUUCUCAGCCGAAUCAAGAACGCCAAACGCCCAGCCAUCAUCGUCGACGGAUUCACCACCCGCUAUAACCUCCUCCCCGAGGCAGACGAACUCAUCCGCACCACGGGCUGGCCGACCUACGUAACGCCCUUUGGCAAAGGAUCCGUCAACGAAACCCUCCAUAACUUCCACGGCGUCCGAUAUUCCGACCUCGUUAUCCGCUUUGGACCGCUCGACGCAGAUACAAAUACCUUCGGUUUCACGGCCCUCACGCCCGUCGAGAAUACAGUCUCCAUCCACCGGACUACCAUUGACAUCGACGGGCGCACAGUGCACGCUGAUACAAAGGCUCUUCUGUGCCGGGUGCUCGACGGAUUACAUGACACGAAUAUACCCCGGUCAUCCUGGGUGGGAUACUCACCUCCGCCUCGACCGCGAGAGCUUCUUGACGCCCUUCCCGUCCCUGUCCCGGAUGCGCAAAUCGAUCAGAAGACAUUCUGGACUAGGGUUUCGGAGUUCCUGCGACCGCAUGAUAUCGUUGUUGUUGAGACGGGCACGGCCUCGCUCGGUGCGAAUGAUCUGAUUCUCCCACCGGGUGUGAAGAUGGUUAAUUCGGCGAUAUGGCUGUCGAUUGGAUGUGCGCUCGCUGCGGCGGUGGGGGUAUCUCAGGCUCAGAGGGAUAUAGUUAUCCACAACAAUAACACUAACAAUAACAGCACGGCCGGCCGAACAAUCCUCUUCGAAGGCGAUGGGAGUUUCCAAAUGACCGCGCAGGCGCUGGGCGAUAUAUAUCGCAACAGACUCGAUAUGAUAGUUUUCCUGAUUAAUAACGACGGGUACACGAUCGAGCGGUAUAUCCACGGGAUGAAGGCUGGGUAUAACGAUGUGCAUCCGUGGAGGUACCUCGAUGCGCCGUCGUUCUUUGGGGCGCCGGUUGAUGAUCCUUCGUACCCGGUUGUUACCAGGAAAGCUGAGAAUUGGGGCCAGUUGAUGGAUGUACUUGCCGAUGAAGAGGUUGCUGCGGGCAAGGGGUUUUGUAUGGUGGAGGUUGUUAUGGGGAGGGAGGAUGCGCCGGAGGAGUUGAAGAGGUUGGUGCAGAUGGCUGCGAGGAGGAACAACGGAGACAAUGUUUAG